GACCCAGUUGAUGUCCCGUACAGCCCUCAAGAUGUUCAAGUUCCUGCUGAUCGCCGCCUUCGUGCCUGCCCUGGUUCUGGCCCAGACCCCGGUUCGCCAGUGCGGAAACGGAGCCCCGCUGCCGGCGUCGACGGACGUUGACGGUUGUACCUCGCUGCCCUGUGACAUCCAGAACGGAGCCCCGAUCAGUGCCAUCGCCCGUGGAAUCACCAGCCCGAUCGCCACCAACACCCUGUCCACGUACAUCAUUGUCCGGUUGGCCGGUCUGCAGGUGCCGUUCCCGAUGCCCGAUGGUUUGGAGAAUGCUUGCGCCGUUGGAACCGCCCCCGGAACGUGCCCCGUGUCGGCCGGACAGACCUUCGACUACGAGCUGAACCACGGCGGACAGGCCCUGUCGCUGACCGGAGUGACCGUCCAGGUUGAGGUUGGUCUGCGCGGAGACGGAAACGCCAUGGUUGGAUGUCUGGAGUUCGAUGCCCGCAUCGUUGGUUAAGCAUUUUGUGACUGAGUAAUAAAGUAAGGAGUUGUGUUUUUUGGAA